AUGUCUCCAAGGGUGGAACACGACAGCGGACACGGUUUGAACAACACCAUAGAUUUGGCACCAAUGGCUAUAACGAAUGAUGAGGCCAAAGAAAAACCAGCAUCAGACGCUCUAAGAUCAGCUGAAAAUCACGCAUCCCUAACUACACCGGAAGAGAGAGCAUUGAGACCCAGGCUCAUCGUUCUUAGCGCUGAAAGCGAAGAUGGUUGCAGGGAGCUGGCUAGAAGUAUUGCAAGCCAUGUCAUAGGGCAAAGUGCAUCUGUUCAUGCCGACGCUCUGCUCGACCAGCUGUCUGGGAAAUUGAGCCAGAGGCCGGUGUUUGAAUAUCGGGUGGCCUUUCUGGCAUAUGCAUUGGACGACCUAGUGGGACAGCUUCGGACGCUGGAGCAAGAACCCAUCAUUCGACAAAACAAAAAGAGCUUUGACAGAAUGGCAUUUAUCUUCAGCGGCCAAGGUGGACAAUACCCGCAAAUGGGUGAGUCGCUCGAUGUCUGCCCUGUGUACGCGAAGUCAAUUGCUCGUGCUUCUCAACAUCUAGCUGCAAUCGGUUGCCCAUGGGACCUGGUGACCGAAAUCACCAAACAUCCCGAAAGCUCUCAAAUCGAGGAGGCGGAAUUCUCGUAUCCUAUGACUGUGGCCGUGCAGCUUGCCAUCACAGAAGUCUUCGCCGAGCUUGGAGUAAAUCCAUCUUUUGUUUUGGGACAUUCGAGUGGUGAACUGGCGGCUGCAUACUGCGCCAAGGCAAUAUCAUUUGAAGACGCAGUAACGGUGGCAUAUCAUAGUGGCCGGCUGAUCAGUGACUUAAAGAGGAAAAGGAGAGAGCUGCCCGGUGGUAUGCUAGCGGUUGGCGCCUCUUGCGAUGUGGUCAAUGCUUUCAUGAAAACAGAUGCAAAUGCAGCCACCACUGGAACAAUCAAAAUAGCUUGCAUUAACAGUCCUUCGAGUGUCACGGUGUCUGGGGAUGAGAGCGCCAUUCUAAAUCUGCAACAGAAAUUGGAGGAUAGAGGGAUUUUCAACCAAAAACUGCACACAGGCGGCGCAGCGUAUCAUUCGCACCAAAUGACUCAGAUCGCAGCCGAACUCUCACAGAAGUUAGAUACUAUCAAGGGAGCUCGGACUGACCCUUCUGUCACAAUGAUUUCCUCUUUAACAGGGGAUGCUACGCGAGAAACAAUCCUGGGAAAGGAUUAUUGGGUGCAAAACCUGACUUCCCCUGUUCACUUCAUGGAGGCAACCGAGACACUGUGCCAAAAGUCUUUUGGUUCAAAUCAAGUCGAUCUCUUAGUAGAGAUUGGGCCUCAUUCCCAACUCGACAAACCUAUCAAACAGACUCUCCAGGCGCUUUUCGGUGACGACCCUGAAAUAUCCUAUACCGGCACUUUGAGAAGAGGAUUCGAUGCUGAGACUUGCUUGCUCGAUACUCUGAGAAUUCUGUUUCUUGAAGGGUUUUCCGUGAGCCCACAGCUAGCGGUUCCUGCAAGUGACCCGCAAGCUGUAGCAGACCUUCCCGAUUGGUCGUUUUAUGAUUCAACAUGUUCUGCCCAAAAGAAACCCAUUUCGAUGGUGGAUGACGAGCCGGUUCCGGCAUCCCAGAGCCCAUCAAAAAUGGGGCGUCUACAGCCAGACCGAGGAUGGUGGAGAUCGACUCGUCCUGCGACCAAGAGUUCCAAGAGACAAGCACCCGAGACAGAAAAUGAGAGGAUCCUCCACCGCAUAAUGUGCAAGGCUUUCGGUGUGCAUGAUGAGUUGAUAGGUACCGAGGACCAUUUCUUCCACCUGGGAGGUGACUCCGUCUUAGGGGUGAAUAUCUCUUCGGCUGCAAGACAAGCAGGAUUGAAUCUCCCCGUGUCCACCAUCCUUAGUCACCCGAGAUUGGUCGACAUGGCACAGGCAGCCAAACCACUUGUUGGCGAAGAAGAUAUCAAGAUCGAUCCAUUCUCACUGGUUAAAGUUGACGUCUCAGAUCUGGUGGCAGAAAUAGCUCGCGACUGGCCGGUGAGCGCGUCGGAGAUCGUGGACGUGUAUCCCUGCACGCCCCUCCAAGAAGGCCUUAUGGUGACCAGCCAAAGCGACCCGCGAACCUAUACCUAUCAAAAUGUUUACAACUUGUCUCCAGCUAUCGAUGUGGAGAAGUUUUGCAAGGCAUGGGAACAUACCGUGAAGACCACCGUAAUUCUCCGUACAACUAUUGUUCCAACUCAAUCCGCGGGGACCUGUCAAAUUGUAACGACAAGAGAGAUCAAGUGGCAAUUUCCAUCUGAUCUGCAGGAUUAUCUCAAGUCUGACUUGGAAAAGGGCGUGGUCUAUGGAGGCCCUCUUGCGCGAUAUGCCCUGUUCAAAGCCGACGAUGGAUCAAUAAAAUUCAUCCUCACGGCUCACCAUGCCCUGUAUGAUGGAUGGUCCCGACCCCUAAUUUGGAAGAAGAUUGAAGAAAACUAUCACUCCGAUAGUCACAGAGCCAUCGGCUCAAUGCCGACUAUUCCAUUCAAUUAUUUCAUUCGCCACUUACAAACAGCGGACCAAACAUUGGUGGAUGAGUUCUGGAGGACACAGCUGUCCGGCUCCACGCCAUCAAGAUUCCCACAUGCGUUCCCUACGGGCUAUCGACCACAGGUGAAUGAGACUUUCGCACAUAAAUGCAAAGCCUUCACUCGGGAUGGGGCGGGGGUCACCCGGUCCACACUUAUCCGGGCAGCAUGGGCGAUAUUGAUGAACGAAUAUCAUGAGGGCUGCAACGAUGUUACCUAUGGAUUGACAACAAGCGGAAGACACGCUGAUGUGCCUGGAAUUGGGGAGAUGAUCGCUCCCACCAUCACUACCGUGCCGUUUCGCCUGCAGAUAGAUCUUGACGAGUCCGUGGACACGUUCCUUCACAGAAUACAGGCCCAAGGAAUCAAAAUGAUUCCUUUCGAGCAGGCUGGAUUGCAAAACAUAUCCAAACUCAAUUCUGAAUGCCGCCUUGCUUGUGAGUUCCAGCAUGUUCUCGUUAUCCAACCAGAGCAGAAGAAUGGCACUGGGCAAGUCUUCCCUGGAAUCACAUCCAUCCAGGCCACUGAGCUUCAUGCCUAUGCGCUUAGUGCACAGUGUAUGCUCAGUGCCGAUAAUGUCAAAAUUCAGAUUGAGUUUGAUAAUUCUCUGAUCAGCUCAUUCCAGGUAAAACACAUUUGCAGCCAGUUCGAAAGUAUAUUGGGUCAGCUAUCUCGUGGUGGACAACGUUCAGUUCGUGAACUACAUGCUUUUAGCGAGCUAGACAUGAAGCAGGUACUGAAUUGGAAUGACAAAUUACCCCAGGUAGAAACUCGGACCGUGACUGCACUGAUCGAGGCCCAAAUGCGUGAACAACCGCACGCUCCCGCGAUUUGCUCUUGGGAUGGAGAUUUCACAUAUCAACAACUCGAUAGGCUGUCAAACCGUCUUGCUCGUCAUUUGGUUGAUUUGGAGGUUGGACCGGAAGUCUUUGUGCCGUAUUGUUUCCCCAAGUCUGCUAUGACCAUUGUCGCUAUGCUGGCCAUUGUCAAGGCUGGAGGUGCUGGUGUGCCGUUGGACCCUGAAUACCCCGUUGAAAGAACCCAGGGCAUUGCUAGGGAUGCCGGUGCAACGGUUCUCAUUACCACCUCAGAGCUGAGUACUAAGUUUGAAGGCAUUGUACCCACAGUCGUGUAUUUGAGCGAGGAUUUCCUUAAUCGCAUCACCCGGGAAGAUCCGAUCUUACCACAUCGUGCUCAACCUCGGAAUGCACUGUAUAUUCCCUUCACAUCCGGGAGUACUGGGAAGCCCAAGGGUAUUGUGAUUGAGCAUAGCAUGUUUGCUUCCAGUGCAGCAGCUCACGGCGAGCUUCUCGGCCUUGGACCACAUUCGAGAGUGUUCCAAUUUGCUGCUUAUACUUUCGAUGUGAAUUUUGCAGAUAUUUUCACCUCCUUGAUUCGAGGCGCUUGCAUUUGUAUUCCAUCCGACGUGGAAAGGAUGAACGACAUCACAGGAGCCAUCAACCGAACGAGAGCCAAUUCCGCAGUUCUAACUCCAACUGUCGCAGCAAUGUUCUGCCCUGAUCAAGUUCCAACGCUGAAAACACUCAUACUUGGAGGGGAACCUUUGACCCGAGAAAACGUUCGAGUUUGGGCAGAUAAUGUCAGUCUCUGGAACACGUUUGGGCCAGCAGAAUGCUGCGUGUACUGCGCGGCAUAUCCUCUUCGAACCUCAGACAGUGAUCCAGCCGUGUUAGGCUACGCUGUUGGAUCGAUCAACUGGGUGGUCAAUCCAUCUGACCACAAUAGGCUCAGUCCUGUUGGCUGUAUCGGAGAGUUGGUCGUCCAGGGUCCAAUGGUCUCCCGCGGCUACCUCAAUGAUCCUGACAAGACCAAUGCUGCGUUCAUCGAGAAUCCAGCGUGGCUACCGGUUAAUUCCCCCGAAGAGCAUCGGAGGGUCUAUAAAACCGGAGACCUUGUGAGGUACAAUGCAGAUGGAACCCUAAACUUUAUUGGGCGCAAAGAUACUCAAGUGAAGGUCCAUGGCCAACGGGUUGAGCUUGAAGAAAUCGAGGCCCACCUCUCCUACAGCUCACAAAUCAAACAUGCACUGUUGGCUGUUCCGGGCUGUGGACUCUAUUCUGGGCGACUUGUUUGCCUCUUGUCCCUGGGUGAGGCGACUGGAAUGGACAAAAACAGAAGAUCAAACGGCAUUGAACUGAUUGACAGUUCCCAGAAAGCUACCGCCGUCCAAGUGGUUUCAAUGACUCGCAAUUACCUGGAAGCAAAGUUGCCUCGAUACAUGAUACCUGCGGCCUGGGUAGUUCUGAAAAGCAUCCCCAUGAAUGCCUCUCGCAAGUUGGACAGGAAACUUCUGAAGAACUGGCUGGAGACAAUUGAUGAAAGUACAUAUCGCUCCAUCGCCGAUGUGUCAAAUCUCAAAGCGACCAGACAACCCACCACAGACUUGGAAAAGCAGAUCUGCAACACGAUCAGUGUUGUACUCGCGUUGCCAAAUGACUCAGUUGGAUUAGAACAUAGCUUUUUGUGGCUAGGUGGCGAUUCAAUUUCAGCGAUGCAACUGAUGUCACGCCUUCGAACCAUGAACAUCCGCCUUAGUGUGCAGGAUAUCCUACGCUAUCGUACCGUCGAGGCAUUGGUAUCCCAGGCACACAUAAGUCAUCAAGUAAGGGACGAUGUUCUCGUCUUUGAAGAAAUCGUCGGCUGGUUCGACCUCACACCGAUCCAAAAAAUGUUCUUCGAAAAGCAACCUGAUGGACAGAAUCAUUUCAACCAGAGCUUUGCGCUCAAGCUAGCCAUAAAUGUUUCAGACAAUGAGCUUGAGCAGGCAUUGCAGACUCUGAUUGACCGACAUCCCAUGCUUCGUUGCCGAUACAGUAAAAGCGAAGGAGAUGGCAAUUGGCGACAGAGGGUCACGUCCGAAGUAGCGGAGUCAUUACUGUUCCUGCCCUCACAGCGGCUAAAUUAUGAUGAAAUGACAGGGACGUUCCGUGACAUGCAAACCCAGCUCGACGUGGAGAAAGGGCCAAUACUUGCUGGGACGACUUGCUAUGCCAACAAAUCUCAAUAUCUUUUCCUGACAGUCCACCAUCUGGUAGUUGACCUCGUGUCCUGGCGUGUUAUAUUGGAAGAACUGGAGGAGCUGUUGAUACAUGGUGCACUUCAAUCGGAGCCCAGCAUCAGCUAUGGGAACUGGGCUAAACUACAGGCUCAAUACGCCGAAAGCAGCCUGUCACCAGAAGAUGUAUUGCGUGCAGAUGCUCUGAGCCCCGAUUUUGAAUACUGGGGAAUGUUGAACCAGCCUAAUAUUGUAGCAGAAGCUAUCGAGAGCUCGUUUUUCCUCGACAAGGAACGAACGAGCCUUUUGCUGGGAGAUAGCCAGGAGACCCUAGGCACGCAGCCAGUUGAAGUGAUGGUAGCAGCCCUAAUUCACUCUUUUCGCAAGGUCUUUCAUGAUCGACAGGUUCCAGCGGUGUUUAUGGAGGGCCACGGUCGCGAGUCUUGGAAUCCAGCGAUUGACAUCACCCGUACCGUGGGAUGGUUUACCACUAUGUAUCCAGUCAGUGUGGAGCUGGGAGGUGACAAUGACUGGUUCCAGACGGUGAGGAAAACGAGGGAUGCUCGUAGACGAUUGUCUCACAACGGGUGGUCAUACUUCACAGCAAGGCACCUCAACCCGCAGGCGUCACAGUUGGUUGACACCUCCGACAUGGAAAUUUUGUUCAACUAUCUUGGCUUGUAUCAGCAGUUCCAGAGGCCGGACUCUUUGUUUCAACCAUCAGGCAUUGCCGCACAAGCUCUCCAGGACUUCAGCCCGACCAUGGAGCGCUAUGCAUUGUUUGAAAUUUCGGCCGCUGUCGAGAAUGGCUGUUUACACUUUACCUUUGCAGUCAACAAGCAUAUGGAACAUCAGCUCGAUAUCCAGCACUGGGUGACAGAGUGCCGCCGCGUUUUGGAGGACGGCAUUGAUCAACUCAUGGAGCAAACUGACAUCGCCACUCUUGGCGACUUCAGUACGCUGUUGGAGACCCCUUCAGGCAUUCGCAGAUUGGCGGAAGGAAUUCUGCCUGCCAUCAACAUUUCGGGCAUUGAUCAGAUUGAAAAUGUCCUCCCCUGCUCGACCAUGCAACUUGGAAUCUUGCUGGGCCAACUGAAGUCGCCUGGUGCCUACGAACUCUACACCAUCCAAGAAGCAACUUGUGGUGAGAACUGCGACGCUGAUGCUGAAAGGAUUUUGCUGGCGUGGCAAGAAGUUGUAGAUCGCCAUGCAGCGUUAAGGACCAUUUUCAUUCGGAGCAGUGAAUCUGAUACCCUGUGGGGUCAGCUUGUGUUAAAACAGAUGCAAGCGUCCGUUUGCGAAAUCAUCGAUGAAGAUCCAGUCUCGGCUUUGAGAAAGACAGAACCAUUGGGGGCCGUGGAAGGAGUCGCUCCGCACCGUUUCACCUUGUGCCGUGGCACUAAUGGCCGUCUCCUUUUCAAACUCGAACUCAGCCAUGCACUGGUUGAUGGCACAUCCAUGCAAAUCAUCCUAAGGGACAUCAAACUUGCGUUCAGCGGGCAACUUUGUCAGGUGUUGCCAUCGCUGCCUUACAGUGAUUAUGUGACUUUCCUCCAACAGCAACGGAAAAGGACUUCUCUGGAAUAUUGGAAAGGAUAUCUACAGGGCAUCCAGCCAUGCAAAUUUCCAAUACUUGAUGAUGGGCGUCCCCAGGUCCACCAGUGGAAGACAGUCAAAAUGGAUGUGCCGGAAGCGACUCAGUCUGUUAUACGCCAGUUCUCAGACACGCACGGCAUGACUCUUGCGAAUAUCGUGCAAGCUGCUUGGGCAAUAGUUCUGCGGAUCUUCACAAACAACAACAGUGUCGCUUAUGGAUAUCUGACAUCCGGUCGUGAUGCUCCAAUUCUGGGCAUUGAAGAUGCCGUAGGCCCUUAUAUCAACAUGCUGGUUUGCAGGAUGGAAUUUGACCACUCGACCUCUGCGCUGGGUACUCUACAGAUCAUUCAAGACGACUACCUGCGAGGUAUUCCUCAUCAAUACGUCUCACUUGGUGAGAUACAACAUGCUAUUGGAAUGUCGGGCCAGGCUCUUUUCAAUACGGCCAUUUCCUUCCAAAGGCGACCCUCUCCAACCGAAUUGAUGAAACUUUCCCUGACUUCCGUCUAUGAAUAUGAUCCCUCGGAAUUUGAAAUCGCAGUAAACGUCCUCAUGGGCGCUGGAGGGACAGAAAUCCAUCUUACCCACCAGACUUCCAGAAUAUCAAGUGGACAAGCCACCAACGUCGCCAGUGUCUACCGAACCAUAAUUGCCUCUCUUUUAGCAAGUCCACAAACACUGGUAUCAGAUAUGAACGUGAUGAGCACCGAAAGCAAACACCAUUUGCAACAGUGGGCUGCUAACAUACCGCCCACGAUCAAUUCAUGUAUCCACGAUGUGAUAUCGGAGCAAGCGCGCAAUACACCAAAUGCCCCUGCACUUCACUCCUGGGAAGGUGACUAUACUUAUGCUGAGCUGGACUGUGCCUCAACUCGGUUGGCACAACAUUUAUCUAGCUACGGGAUAAAACCGGAUGACUGCAUCCCGCUUUGCUUUGAAAAGUCUCUUUACACUGCCAUUGCAUUGCUGGCUGUUCUCAAAACUGGCGGAGCCUUUGUGCUGCUUGACCCUAAGCAUCCGCCCGAACGCCUCAAGGGGCUGUUGAAGGAUCUCAAUGCGCGGUUUAUCAUCGCUUCGGAAAAGGGUGAUAACGGUGAAGUUUCAACGGCGGUCACACCUGGAAACAUCAUGUAUGUUCAAUUUACAUCUGGGUCCACCGGAAAGCCCAAGGGUGUCGUGAUCGAGCACUCUGCUGCAUGUUCCUCGAUCCAUUACCACGGUCCAGUGAUGGGAUUUGGUCCCACCACUCGUACAUUCCAGUUCUCCUCGUACACAUUUGACGCGGUCAUUCUCGAGAUCUUCACAACACUGUAUCAUGGUGGGUGCGUUUGCAUACCUUCAGACGAUGACCGGAUGAGCCACAUGGCGGAUGCCAUGCGAAAGAUGAAAGUCAAUAUGAUGUUUACGACCCCGACUUUGGCUCAACUGUUCAAACCAGAAGACGUUCCUUCGUUGAAGACCCUAAUGGUUGGUGGUGAACUCAUAGGGACUGGCACCACUGAUAUCUGGGCGAAGAAAGUGAACUUGAUUGGGGCGUUUGGGCCAGCAGAGUGCACGAUCUAUUCCGCAUAUAAUCCCCUGAGUACCAACAAUUUCCGGCCAGAGGUGAUUGGAUACCCUGUCGGCUCAGUGGCCUGGCUUGCGGAUCCCAGCAAUCAUGACAAGCUGGUGCCAGUUGGCGCUGUAGGAGAACUCAUUGUUCAGGGACCGAUCGUUGGCAGAGGCUACCUCAAUGAUCCACAGCGCACAGGGGCAAGCUUCCUCUCGAAUACUACCUGGCUGUCGCAGUACAAUGGCAGCCGGCAGCACCGCCUUUACAAGACCGGCGACCUUGCUCGCUACAAUUCAGACGGGACACUCACCAUACUCGGACGGAAGGAUACGCAAUUCAAGCUCAACGGACAACGCAUUGAAUUCACUGAGAUUGAACACCACAUCAAGGUUCACUUUCCAGGUGUCUUGCAGGUUGCCGCUGAUGUGGUUAGUCCAGCCCAUCUUGGUGAGCGGAAAUUGCUUUCAGUCUUCAUCAAUUUGGAGGAAGCGGGCAACCAGUCUCAAGAUGCAACUGGUAAUCUUCUGCCCAUGACAGAGAGCUGUCACGCGACGAUGAUUGAGAUCGAAACUGUUUUAAGGAAGACUAUGCCGCCGUACAUGAUUCCCCGGCUGUGGUUUCCCAUUUCCCGGAUGCCUUUAUCGACAUCCGGAAAGACAGAACGCAAAGAGUUGAGAUUGUUAGGUGCUUCACUCUCAGAAGCGCAAGUGACUCAGUAUGCUUUAGGAACUGGAUCCAAGCAAGAGCCUUCAACUGAGAUGGAACGCAAACUAGCAAAGCUCUGGCAGCGAAUACUCAACGUUUCUUCUGUCGGCCGGGAAGAUACAUUCUUCCGAAUAGGAGGUGAUUCCAUCAGUGCCAUGCAACUUGCCUCGGCAGCACACAAGGCAGGAAUUCAACUUACAGUGGCUGAUAUCUUCCACAAUCCCAACUUGCUUGACAUGGCUGCUAAAGUUCCCAUAUCACAGAGAAAGAACAAGGUUCCUGGGUCUGGACUUGUGACGCCUUUCAGACUUUUGAAACCCGGAAUGAAUCAAUCCCAGUUCCUCAAGUCCGCCGCCGAGAAGGCUAACAUUUAUUACGAUUGGGUGGAAGACAUAUUUCCUUGCACACCUUUGCAAGAGGGCAUGAUGGCACUUACGACCCGGGAUGCAGGCUCCUAUGGUUGGCAAGAUGUUCUCGCACUUCCUGCUUCAAUUGAUUUAGACCGAUACCGUUCGGCAUGGCAAGCAGUAGUCGACGAGCUAGGAAUUAUGCGCACGCGACUUGUCCAGAUGGAUCACCAUGGGACCUACCAAGUUGUUAUCAAGCCCGAGCAUAGUCCAAUUGUCUGGAAGUAUGGUGAGUCGCUGGAAGCCUACCUUGGCGAAGACAAGAAACUAUCAUUUGGCUACGGGACGCCCCUGUAUCGAUUUGGCAUCGUGCACCAAGGGUCCAAAACAUAUUCUGUCUCCAGCGCCCACCACUCCAUCUUAGAUCGCUGGUCAAUUUCACUGAUGAUGGACCGCCUCUCGUCUCACUAUUUGGCACAAAAACCGCCACUUUCGCCGCCGUUCAACGGGUUUAUCAAAUGGAUGUGCUCUCUUAACCCGGCAGCCUCCGAUCAGUACUGGAGGUCACGUUUUGAAGGUUCAUCUGCUGCGGAAUUCCCUCGCUCUAUGCCAGGCCAUCGCUCGAGAGCCACGGCAGUUGCAAAGCACUCUAUCCCUACAUCUCCUAAGAGGAGCUCCGCCAAUAUUACGGUUUCGACACUCCUCAGGGCAGCAUGGGCUGUCACCAUUAGCCAACAUACCGGCUCAGAACAUGUGGUGUUUGGAAUGACGCAGACAGGCCGCAAUGCUCCCGUGCCCGACAUCACGGAUAUUGUGGCACCGCUCAUUACUGUCGUGCCUUUCAAUGCUGUGGUUGGGAAGCAUAUGUCAGUUGCCGAGUUUCUACAGGAAAUCCAUCAACACACUGUUGCCAUGAUUCCCCACGAGCAUGCCGGUCUUCAACAUAUUGCGAAGCUAAAUGCGGAGUGCCAGGCUGCGUCUAAAUUCCAGAAUCUACUCGUGAUCCAGUCACAACAGCAUCAGCAGCAGGCAAAGCUCCCUCUAGGUCUUGAGCGCCUCGACGUAGUAGAGAAUGAUGUUCUAUCCUACGGAAUUGUCUUGGUGUGCGACCUCACUGAGAGUGCAGUCAUGCUUCAAGCUGCCUUUGACCCAAAAUUGAUAUCUCCAACAAUGAUGGACACUCUGUUGGCGCAGUUCGGGCAUUUCUUCCAGCAACUAAAUGAUCCCCAAUCUGCUCUCAUACCACUGCACGAUCUCCAGUUAGUUGGGGACCACGACUUGCGCCAAUUGAUGGUUUGGAAUCGACCACGCAGAGCUGAGCGGGUCGACAAAUGCGCGCAUGAGCUGAUACAUGAGCGCGCUUUGGUCCAACCUCUUUCUGUGGCCAUUGAUUCCGCAGAAGGUCAAUUCACAUACGCUCGACUGGACCAGCUUUCCACCAAUCUCGCUUACUAUCUUCGAGAGUGUCAUGGGGUCGGUCCCGAGAAGAUCGUUCCUCUGUUCUUCCGCAAGUCAGCCUGGGCUAUAGUCUCAAUUCUAGCCGUCAUGAAGGCGGGUGGCGCCUUUGUUUUCUUGGAUCCCGCACAUCCCAUGGAUCGUUUGAUGUUUAUUGCACAGCAAAUCAAGGCAACCCUCAUUAUCACAAUUCCAGACCUCUCAUCAACGUGGGAGUCGACGGCCCUGAACCCCCUUCAGAUCACAGAGACUUUCAUAGAUACACUUCCUACGCAGCAACAACUACCGGUGACUGGAGUAGAACCACACAAUGUACUGUAUGUGAUCUUCACGUCUGGAAGUACAGGAAACCCUAAGGGUUGUGUGGUCGAGCAUGCAUCUUUCCUGAGCGGUGCUGUUCAGCACGUGCGACAGAGCAGGCUAACUCCUGCCACUCGGGUCCUACAGAUGGCACCAUACACGUUUGAUGUCAGUAUCUUGGAAACACUGACGGGUCUCAUCUCUGGUGCCUGUGUCUGCCUACCGAGGACAGAGCACCAAAAUGCUCCUGUUUCCCAGAUCAUACACAGCUUGCAAAUCACCUGGAGCUUCCUGACCCCUUCGGUCGCCCGAACAAUCAACCCCAAAGACUGUCCCAGUCUGAAAACACUCAUUCUCGGCGGAGAGUCACUAUCACGCGCGGAUAUAGAGACAUGGGCCAGCCAUGUCCAUCUGGGCAAUGGGUAUGGUCCCUCAGAAUGCUCCGUCGCUUGUACGGCCAACAUCAGCAUCACCGUGGAUACUGAUCCGGCCAAUAUCGGGAGCACGAUGUGCUGCAAUGCCUGGGUGGUCGAUCCGGAGAAUUACAACUCACUCUUGCCGAUAGGGGCAGUCGGGGAACUCCUGAUUCAAGGGCCCAUUGUUGCAAGAGGAUACCUAAAUGAGCCAGAGAAAACUAAGGCCGUCUUCGUCGACACUCCUGCAUGGCUUGAUCGUUUCGACUCAGGCUUGACCACGGAGAAUCGACUCUAUCUGACCGGAGACUUGGUUCGAUAUAACGAUGAUGGAACUUUGUAUUUCGUUGGUCGCAAAGACACGCAAGUCAAACUCCGUGGUCAGCGGAUUGAGCUUGGCGACAUUGAACAUCAUACAUCUGCCCAUCCAUCUGUGAGACAUGCUGCAGUCGAACUUCCCAUAUCCGGCAGGUAUCGAGAUAGCCUAGUCGCUGUACUGUCACUGCGUGAGAUAGUCUCAACCUCUUCCGACGUGCUGGCCGACGAGCCUGUGCCAGUAUCUGGAGAACAGCUGGAUGCCGUUCGUCAAUGUAUUCCAAAUAUACGGUCUUAUUUAAUUCAGCAGCUUCCUGGAUAUAUGGUACCGAGCUCUUUCAUCGUGCUCAAUGAUCUUCCACUGUUGGGCUCAGGCAAGAUCAAUCGCCCCAAGAUCAAAACAUGGCUGCAUAAAAUGAGCACCGACAUGCAGGAGCAGGUCGCAGCCCAAGUGGACAUCCCGGCGACUCAUACCGCAUCACUACUUCCUAGUGAUCAGACCACUGCUCUCAUCUUGAGCAAAAAGAUUACGCAGCUCCUCGCGAAAGAUGAUGAGGAAUAUACGAUGGCCAUUCGCAACCGAGACAUCGCACUGGCGCCGGCAGGAUUGAACUCCAUCAGUGCUGUCUCUCUUGCGGCCUACAUAAAAAAGGAAUUUGAUGUCAGGCUCUCGAUCGACAACCUGUUAGAGGUAUCCAUGACCGUAUGUGGUGUCGCCCGCAUGAUUGACAGUGCCAGAGAUGAAUCUGCCGCUACCAACACGUCUUCUGCCUUGGAUUUAUCUUUCGAGAUUGAGAGGGCACUUGCUGAUUUUAAUCAAAAUGCCGCUUCGAGGCCACUGCAAAUUCCCCAGUCACCUAUGACCCAACCUCCUGAGACUAUCUUGUUGACCGGCGCUACUGGGUUCCUGGGCAGUCAAAUUCUCAGGCAUCUGCUAGAGCUGCCACACAUAAAACGAGUUAUAACCCUUGUGCGUGCACCGGAUCACGACAAAGCUACCACCAGAGUCAUUGAAUCUGCUCAGAAAAGCAAAUGGUGGCACGAUAGCUAUUCCAGCCGCUUGGAAGUCUGGGUUGGCGACUUGUCGAAACCUGAUCUGGGACUGAAUGCCGCUCAAUGGUGCUGUAUAGAGGGUCGGUCAGAGUCGUGUUCUUCCAUCGACGCAAUUAUCCACAAUGGAGCCACCGUCCACUGGGGAUAUGACUAUCAGGGGCUUGAAGCUGUCAACGUCACCAGCACCGUAUCUCUUCUAGCCUCUCUCACCCGGUCCCCCAGACCACCACGUUUCACAUUCAUUUCGGGCGGCCAGCUCUUCUUCGGAGACGACGAUAACCACGAUGAAGUAAGGUCGUUCGCCCAGAUGAUGAAGACAGCGGGUGGAUACGCGCAAACCAAGUACGUGGCCGAUCAGGUCGUGAAGGAGUUUGCUCGGAGAUACACCACAUCAAUUGCAACAAUUGUUAAACCAGGAUUGAUCGUCGGUACUACGGAUUCCGGGGUGUCAAAUACAGACGACUUCUUGUGGCGAGUUGUGGCAAGCGUGGUUGAUAUUGGUGCAUUCAACAGUACAGGACUAGACGGACUUAUUCUGGUUUCUGGUUCCCACCAGGUUGCUACCGCCAUUUUGGCAGAUGUUCUUCAUCCUCAGCCACACGGGCAUAGUGUGGAAACUAGCAUUCGAUAUGGUAUCCCUGUCGGGGAGCUAUGGGACAUGUUGCGAGAUGACUUCGGCUACCAGCUAGAAGCCGUUGAUGCCACAGAAUGGCUGGUCCGGUUAAGAACGCAAGUGGAAACGAGCGGUGAGAAGCAUCGCCUGUGGCCAGUUUUCCAUCUGCUAGAAGCUACUGGCGGGUGCUUGGGCGUCCCUAUGCCGGCCCAUCUGCGGCAGGAUGAGCACAAUGAUGAAGUGAAGGCUUCUCUCAGGAGAAGUAUUGCCUAUUUGAGGGAAGUUGGGUACUUAUCGAGUGCCAAUACUGCCAAUGGAGGGUCUUCUUUGCUUUUGCGAAAAGACCUUGUCUUCGCCCGCGCCGGUGGAAGCACCCGCACAUGA